UCUCAAGCCCCUUUUUUUCAGAAAUCGUCUAUGCUAAAGCAAACCUUCAACCAAUUGUAAAAUUUAUGCUGGUCGCUUAUGGAAGCUUGAAAGUGCGAAGACUGGUGCGGUUUCGACAUGUAUGUUUGGGUAUAAAUUGGCGUAAAACACUAGCUUUUUGGUGAAAUUCGUGUUCGGGAUAGUGCAACGUGAACUUUAGACAAUGGAGAAUUUGACCAGUAACCCCAUUUCGCAGGGGUGUGGUCCAGAUACUCACAUAAAUGUGCAAGUGAGCCCGACCACGGGGGGAGACUUUUACAUUAGCGUAGAAUCCGAAAGCACAGUGGAAAACCUCAAAAAACUCGUAUCGAAAAGACUGAAAGUGCCGAGAGAUCGGAUAUGUCUUCUAUUUAGAGAUAAGCAACUACAAGAUGGUCAUUUAUAUCAGCACGGCAUUACAGAUGGAUCUAGAAUUACCCUACUACCUAACGUGGAAACUGGCCUUAUUACUCAACGUCCAGAGGUGGGAAUUAUGCAGGCACUGGAAUCCCUGAAUGAUACACAAGUGAAUGAAUUCCUUUGUGGGAAAGCACCUCUAAACCUUAGCAUGCGUUUAGGCGACCAUAUGAUGCUAAUUCAGCUGCAACUCAGCACUGUGGCUUCAGCUAGCAAACCUCCAAACUGUGCCCCCCUACUUCAAAGUCCUGGUCCUCCUAGCUUGUUGCAGGCUAGUAAAAACCUUCAACACACUUUACGAAAAUUGUCGGCAGAUAUUUUCUCAGGAAGAGAAAGGGGUAGGAGCAGAGUGACUGGUCGAAGAGAAAGUGUUUACUCCGGCACUUUUAGCGGAGCUCUCAGUCCAACAUUACAAGACUCCCGCGGACGCCCCCGAAGAGACAUAGCCACAAUAGUCCAUAUUCUAAAUGAUCUCUUACGUUCUGUGCCUGAACUUCGUCAUAUCCAAAACAAGAGUACCGACGAAGUUAUCAUUCCUUCCCCCGAAGAUUGUCCCGGUUCUUCGAGCGACUCUGGCUGCUUGACACCAUGUUGUUCCUCAUUGCCCUGUUGUUCGACUUCGACUUUGCCUGAGCAGGAUCAAAAUUCCGUUACACGAAGCAAGUUAGACGCAGGCAGCGCAAAUCCAAACCAUAUUCGCUACCUCAGCCGACUGAUUCUGAUACCGUAACAGCCUAAUCUGUGUAAUGUUCAAAAAAGUGAAUAAUGGAUAUGAAGACAAGUGUUGUGUAUCAAUACACCCACAUUCAAGCUUUCUGUUCGGUGUAGAAUAAUUCAUCUGGUUUAGAUCAGAUAGAACACACAUUUUGUUGCAAGUGCAGAACGUGUAGUGUAAAUUAUAGUUGAUACCUUACUUGGUCAUUUGAUAGCCUUGCUGGUGAUUCAGUUAAGUGGGGGCAAGCAGGUCUGUAUACACUUAAUUGAAUCCAAUCAAACGAUGUGUUUCUUUGCACUCAAGUGUAUAUAUUACUCAAGAAUGUGGUUUAAUUCAACCCUUGAAUAUUAAAUGUGGCCAAGCGCUUUCGACUGGUGCACCAUCCGUUGCAUCCCCAAGAGUGUGGAACAAAGCAGCUGGCUGAAGCCACAUGCUAAGCGACUAAGGUUUAGGGAUGCUUUUCCGCAAAUAAAUUCAUUCACUUGGGUGCCAUUCACCUCUGGACGUUGAGUCUGUGCUUUAUUUUAAAAAAAAUUAUCACAUGACUAUAACUUGAAAUUAAAAUUAAUUGAAAAUUAGUAGCAGUUAUGUUUGGUAAAAAAAUUGUAUUUUUAAUUUCUGAAUUAAACCCAUUCAAAUCGUUGAAAUGUAGAAAGGUUAAUAGUCGUUAAAGUCAUUUAAGCCGCUGGCAUGCUUUGUUCCACACUCUUGGGAAUGUAACGGAUGGCGCAACGAAAGCACUUGGCCAGAUUUAAUGUUCAAGUGUUCAAUUAAACCACACCCUUGAGUAAUAUAUAUUUUAUUACAAAGAAACCCAUUCUUUGAUUGGAUUCAAUUAAAUGGCUACCAAAAACCUCAUUUGUCCAAAUAAAACUUUUUUCGUCUGUCUGCUAUUUGAUUAGCCCGAUUUAGUUUGUACCGUAAGUAAAGUUGAAGUUGUGAAUUGAUCUGAGUUUUUUUUUCAAUAUCUGGUGGGCUUGAAAAUGUCAGAAAAUAAUGUUUGAUUAUGUGAAACCGCCAAUAGCUUCAACAUAUUCGAAAUUAGUAGUUUCAAAAAAAGAAAGAGACACUUUUGUGUUGUUGCUGCAGAAAAUUUCGUAAUGCGCAUUUAAGUUUGUAAGUUGCUAGUUUCUAAGUAUAUCCCAUUAAUAGCUAUUUUUUUUGUAGAAUUGAUCAACUUGUCUGAUUGUUUAUAGAUUUAUAUUGCAAUAUCAGGUAGUGAAUAUUACGUUGAUUAUUAGGUAGAGUGGAAGGAAUUUUUAACAUGCUCACAAUGCACCAGGGAAUGUUUUUUUGUUUAAAUGCAGUCGACCCCUGAAUGUUGUCAUAUAAAUACAUAAAUAAAUCAUAGCUUGUUACGCUACUCUUUUCUUCGGUUUUUAUACCUUAUUUUUAAUUAACAAGUGAUCAUAUGUUGUGAUCUGUUUUUUGUUCCCUGUUCGUAGUUAUCGUUUAUGUUAAUAAAGUAUUUUUAAAUGGUU